GUCCCGCCCCCGCCUGCGUCCGCCAGUAAUCUAGUCGCUGCUCUUUUCCAGGCGGUUAAGUCUUAACAGGAAGAAUCUAAGAAAGAGUACCGGCUGGCUGUCCUUCCCAGCGCCCGAAGCCCCGCCAUGCUCGUCCUCCGAAGCGGCCUGACUAGGGCUCUGGCUGCGCGGACGCUCGCGCCUCAGGUGUGCUCAUCCUUUGCUACAGGCCCCAGACAAUACGAUGGAACAGUCUAUGAAUUUCGUACCUAUUAUCUUAAGCCCUCAAAGAUGAAUGAGUUCCUGGAAAAUACUAAGAAAAACAUUCAUCUUCGGACAGCUCACUCUGAAUUGGUUGGAUACUGGAGUGUAGAAUUUGGAGGCAGAAUGAAUAAAGUGUUUCAUAUAUGGAAGUAUGAUAAUUUUGCUCAUCGGACUCAAGUUCGGAAAGCAUUGGCCAAAGAUAAGGAAUGGCAAGAGCAAUACCUCAUUCCCAAUUUGGCUCUUAUUGAUAAACAAGAGAGUGAGAUUACUUAUCUGGUGCCAUGGUGCAAACUAGAAAAGCCUCCAAAAAAAGGAAUCUAUGAACUAGCUACUUUCCAGAUGAAACCUGGUGGGCCAGCUCUGUGGGGUGACCCAUUUAAAAGGGCAGUUCAUGCUCACAUCAAUCGAGGCUACACAAAACUAGUUGGAGUGUUCCAUGCAGAAUAUGGAGUGCUCAACAGAGUUCACGUUCUUUGGUGGAAUGAGAGUGCAGACAGUCGUGCAGCUGGGCGACAUCAGUCUCAUGAGGAUCCCAGGGUUGUGGCAGCUGUUCGGGAAAGUGUUAACUUCCUUGAGUCUCAGCAGAAUAUGCUUCUGAUUCCUAUGUCAUUUUCACCAUUGAAAUAGUUUUCCAUUGAAAUACAAAGCAUUUCACUAACUUUUAUAAGAUGUGCCUGCUAUGGUGCUUAAAUUCUCCCAAGAGAUUCUCAUUUUUAUUUGAAGGAGGUGGUAAGUUAAUUUGCUAUGUCCUUUGCAUUUUUAAAAGCUGGUCUGCCCAUUGUCACUACCAUGAGGAAAUAGUUCUGUUCAUUUUCCCUUUGGCAUUUUAGUAUCUGUCAUACAUUAAAAAUUCUUGUCAUUCCUACAAGAUCUUGGUUUUUCAUUGUUUCAGAGUGUCUCUUGUACUCUGUUUUGACAACCCUCUGCUUUUAUAGCAUUUCCUUAUGUUGAAGUGACUAUGUCACAUUUCCAUGCCUAUAAUAAUAUUUUUAAAUUAUUUAUAUACAUUGGAAACCUUCUCAUGUCUAUUUUUCUGAAAUUUUAAAAGUUUUUGUCCAGUAAAAUUUAUUUUGUAAUACUGAAUGGGAUUCAUAAAAAUAUUAAACAUGUUUAUUAUGGAAAAGUACAGUAUCAUCUGUAUCAUCUCUAUUAAUUCUGGCUUUUACAUUAAUAAUUACUUAUGUGGAAAAUAAUGUUAUUAGAUCCUCAUAUUGAAAACUGUUGAAGACUCAUUGGUUUAUAUGCUGAAAUACCUUCAUUUACAAUUUAUUUUUCUAUUACUUCACUUUGGAUUACUAUUUAACAGAGAUACCUGGAACAAUCUAUCUGUGAUAAUGAGAUAUUUAUGGUUAUGAAAAUGUUUGCCCUAAUAAAAGCCUUCAAAUA